GCAUAACUUGAUUUGUUUGUUCAGGAAGUUACAUCCUCGAUACAGCAAAAGCCACACGAACGCAGACCAAACACAAUGUGUAUGCUGCUGACGCAUUACCCAAGAGGAGGAGAGUGAGGAGCUGUAGGCUGAAAACUUGGCGGCCAUGGGCGUGGAUUUGGCGGUGUACCGUGCACGGGUUGGUCAGUUUGUACCUCGGACAGUGAAGGAUGCCCAGUCAAACAUCGAAUACCUCUGUAAAGCGAUCGCCAGUGUCCGGGGUGACCUCACACACGACAAACUGGACAUCAAAGGGGCUGUUACAUUCAUUGAUCUCCUCCUGCGUAUACAAGGAAUAGAGCCGAACCCAGGACCGGGAAAGCCAGAUCAACAGGCUAACACAGCUGAACCUACUGAAGAAAAUACUGACGUCAAUGUUAGACUUGGCAACAGCAAUGUUAACCCAGCCAGUGCCGACAGGAUCAGUCAGGUUUUGGAAUCUCUUCUGCCUGUAAGUAAUCCUAAUCACCCAGGAAGUAGUACUACAAGCGAGAGCGCAGGCGCAAUAGCAAUACCUGGACCUUCAUCUGGAACAGUUUCCAACCCAAAUACUGUUAAUCAAUUGGUCGUCAAUUAUAUUGACAAAAGAAAAUAUAAAGAAGAGACCAAUGUUGGGACUAUGAAAGUAAAACAAGCUGACAAUGUAUGCACGGGAAAUCUGACUAUCAUCAAUGAAGGUAACAAGGACGAUUGCGAUGUUCCCAAACCGAAGAAGAGAAAGAAGACACAGACAACAAAGAAAAAGAACAAAAGAAGGUUAUCCCAAGUACUUGCCAAUGACGACAGUGAAAUUCUGAAAACAAAGAAGAAAAAGGAGGAAGAAGUUGUAACCAAAAGUCCCAAAAGACUUUUGCUUGAAGGUAAUAUGGAAGUAAUGUUAAAACGUCACAUCGAAGAAACUGACAACUUACUUGUCACCAGGACCAAAGCUGAGGAAGAAGUAGUCAAGCGUCUCAAGGACUAUAACAUGGUGAUCAUAUCCGGGGUCACUGGAGAGGGGAAGACAACUCUGGGUAGGGAAAUAUGUAGCAAGCUGAGAGACGGUACCCUUGACAAUGAUAUCAAACAAAAGACACCUGUUCUCAUAACAGUGCCCCAGGACUGGAGUGAUGUUGUGAAUGACAAAGAUGAUAUCGUUGUGUUUGUAGAUGACAUCUUUGGGAAAACAAACUAUCAGACAGGACUUUUGAAUGGGUGGAAACCAUUCUUCGAUAGAAUUUUACAAAGUUUACGCGAGGGAAAAGUUUGUUUGGUAGUGACUUCUCGCACACAUAUACUUAAAGAUGCCAGACGAGAGUCAGGUGUACUGCUAGAGAUGGUAAGUGACCACAUUCUGUCCGAAAAGAAAACGGUAGAUUUGACUGAUGACCAGAGAUUGACCAUGGAAGAACGUGCAAAAAUGUUCAAUAACUAUUCAAAUCAAAGACAACUUGGUAACAACAAGUCGUCUAACCCAUUGCUUUCAUUUUUGGCGACUUCUGGUUUUCCAUCAAAUAUUUCUAUAGGUUUUCCUCAAAUUUGUAAGCUCUUUUUCAAUAAUGAUACUUUUUUGGCGAAAGGGGGGCAGUUUUUCAGAAAUCCUGACCGCAUGCUUACAGAGGAGAUACAGAAAAUGAGACUCACCGAACCACACAAAUACUUUGCACUAGUAUAUUGCUUCUUAAACGACCAAACUAUAGAUACUAAAAUGCUGAACCGUUUAAAAAUGCCACCAGAAGAUUAUGACUCUUUGAAGGUCUAUGCAGAAGUAUGUGGCGUUCCUCACACCGACAACGUACUAACCAUACUGAAAGACAGUCUUGAUGCCUUGGAUCGUACAUAUCUAACGAAACGAAACACAGUGUUCACCUUUGGUCAUCAAUCAAUAGCAGAUAGUGUUAGCCUGGUGUUUGGAAAGGAAAAUCCAGAAAUGAUUUUAGAAAAAUGUAGCAACCGCGUGAUACUUGAACUGCUGGACGUCACGGAAGAUGGUCAAAACGACAUAUGCACCAUGCAUGUGCCUGCUGAGUGCUUUGAACAACUCGUAAAGCGAAUGUACAAAAUGAUCAUGGAAGGGGACAUUUUCGAUAGAAUUACAUUGGAAUCUUUUCCACGGUUCCGUAAUCAAAAGCUUGCGGAUUGUCUCUUCGAGUAUAUCACCACACAGAGCGAUAAAAGGGGUUUCUUAAAAGCUCAUUAUGGGAGUAUAUAUUCUGCCACAAACAGUCUACUUGAAUCUUGUGCAAACAAUGUGUCCUUCUUAAGGGCAUUUUUCAAGUUCCAAAACGACGAUUUUAUUGUCGAAGAGUAUGGUAUUCUAACCCACACAAGAGCAUUACAGAGAGCUCUACAACAAGCCCUGGAACAUGUACGUUUGGAAUCCAUGUCAAUUCUUCUUAAUAAAGGGGCGUUCCUCACUGAAAAAUGUCUUCAGUUAGCAAUCGGUUCAAACGAUGAAAAACUGGUCAAGUUUGUGUUGUCAAAGAAUUUUUGGACAGAAUCUGAAGUAAAGAAAUACAUCAGCGACAAAACCCCGGAUCACAUUCGUGACACCCUGAAGAGGAGUAGAACAAAUUGCGAGGUACAGUUGAUAAGGGAUCAGUGUAUCAAACAGAAAACGUACAUCAACACGAAAGCUACUGAACUCUCCAGCAUGGAUAUUGAAGAUAUGACGAGAGCUGCCGAACAAAUGGACUUUGACAUACUUCAUACGAUUUUUCAGUCCCCUGAAUUAAAAAAACAUUGUCAUUAUAUGAUGAAAAUAAUUCUGGAAUCUAAACACAAAAUGUUAACGGACGCCAUUGCAAUUAAAAUGAUUCUUGGAAAUAUUGACGAGAUAGUUGUCCAACAUGCGUUACAUAGUUGUGACUUGGAUAUGUUCCGUUUCUUUCUUUUUUCAUCCAAUACAGAUACAGCUCAGUUGAACUCCAUGCUCUCUGAAGUCAUUCAUCUGAACAAAACGGACCAUAUCGAAGUUCUCGCUAAGGCGGGUGGUCAAUCGUCUAUUGAUGAUUUUGUUAGGAAGGCAGGAACAAAUCUCACUGGAGUGGAGAUUGUUGUUGAAGCAAUAAUGCAGACGAGAAGUUGGACAUCUCUACAGCUUGCUGAUGCUCUUGACGCAGCCGUAUGCUCCGGUACACAUGCCACUAUGAAGGUCCUUUUCGAAGGUGGAGCACGGUUUAGGCAAAAUGCGCUAUUGAAUGUUUCCAAAAGGCAGGAUUUUCAACCGGAAGAAAGAUCAGUCGAAAUAGAAAGCAAAGAAGCAUUGCAGUGGUUGAAUACACUAUUUGGAGAUAUUAAAACAGAUACAAUAAGGUUUUCUGUACCUGUCCCAGUUGAAUAUGUUUUUUUGAAACAUGAAUCGUCAAAAAAAGAAAUGUCUGAUGCUAUCAAUGCUGCAUUAGAAUCGGGGUCAAUCGAAACCUUCAUUUUUCUGAAGCUUAAAGGUGGUAAAUUUCGAAAGGAUGCUUUGUUGGCCGCGGUUAGAAGGAUGCAUAACACAAAACACGCUUUAACGUUUGUGCGAAGGUCUGAGAACUGGUCGGUUGACCAGUUGAGCGAGGCAUUACACCAGGCCUUGAUCCUUUGUAGACCUGAUGUCAUCGAGUACUUGAACAAAUGAAGGAGCAGUUUUCAAUGAUUCAAGUC